GGCUGCCGGGCACCAGCUCCCGGAGGUAAAGACAUCGGGAGGGAAGGCCCGAGGCCGCGGCGGAGCUCCCUGCGGCCGUCCCUGCCUGGUCCUCCGCCCCGGCGCCAGGGACACUCGGAAGCCCCCUGCUCCGGCCGUGCCACUGGAAACUUUACCCCGCAAAGUCCCCCUCCCGCCUGAUCGUGCCAUGAGGCGCCUGGUCGGCCGCGCGCCUCCGGGGACCUCGGAGCCCCGCGCGUGAUUGCCAGCCUCUCCGCGCCCCUCCGCGCCCUCGCCGCCGCCAGGAUGCGCUACGCGGACCCUUCGGCCAACCGGGAUUUGCUGGGGAACCGAACUUUGCUCUUCAUCUUCAUCUGCGCCUUCGCCUUGGUAACCUUGCUGCAACAGAUCCUCUACGGCAGGAACUACAUCAAGAGAGGCCUCCAGUUUGGCUGGCAGAGUGGAGACCAGCUGGCCAAUUGGACGGGGCUCUGUAAUGUCACCGACGACCAAGCAGUGCAGAGCGGCAGUGACUCCAGCUCCAGGUACUUUGAAUUUUACGAGGGACCUUUUGAAUAUAAUUCCACAAGAUGCCUGGAGCUGAGGCACGAAAUCCUGGAAGUGAAGGUGCUGUCCAUGGUGAAGCAGUCGGAGCUGUUCGACAGGUGGAAGAGCCUCCAGAUGUGCAAAUGGGCCAUGGACAUCUCUGAAGCCAACCAGUUCAAGUCCACUUUGUCCAGGUGCUGCAACGCCCCCUCCUUUCUCUUCACCACCCAGAAGAACACUCCCCUGGGGACAAAGCUCAAGUAUGAGGUGGACACCAGUGGCAUCUACCACAUCAACCAGGAAAUCUUCCGCAUGUUUCCGAAGGACAUGCCCUACUACCGGUCCCAGUUUAAGAAGUGUGCGGUGGUGGGCAACGGAGGCAUCCUGAAGAACAGCCGCUGUGGCAGGGAGAUCAACAGCGCUGACUUCGUGUUCCGGUGCAAUCUACCCCCCAUCUCAGAGAAGUACACCGUGGAUGUGGGGGUGAAGACAGAUGUGGUCACUGUGAACCCCAGCAUCAUCACAGAGAGGUUCCACAAGCUGGAGAAGUGGCGGCGGCCCUUCUACCGCGUGCUGCAGGUGUACGAGAACGCCUCGGUGCUGCUGCCCGCCUUCUACAACACGCGCAACACCGACGUGUCCAUCCGCGUCAAGUACGUGCUGGACGAUUUCCAGUCGCCGCAGGCCGUCUACUACUUCCACCCGCAGUACCUGGUCAACGUGUCGCGCUACUGGCUCAGCCUGGGCGUGCGCGCCAAGCGCAUCAGCACCGGCCUCAUCCUGGCCACGGCGGCGCUCGAGCUCUGCGAGGAGGUGCACCUCUUCGGCUUCUGGGCCUUCCCCAUGAACCCCCUGGGCCUCUACAUCACCCAUCACUACUAUGACAACGUCAAGCCCCGCCCCGGCUUCCACGCCAUGCCCUCCGAGAUCUUCAACUUCCUGCACCUGCACAGCCGCGGCAUCCUCCGCGUGCACACGGGCACCUGCAGCUGCUGCUGAGCGCGGCCCGCCAGGUUGCCCGCCCCGCCCAGGGGCAAACGGAAACUUCUCCCCCACUCUCCCUCCUGGUAGACCUGGGAGCCCCGCGGGCUCGGCCUUGGGCAGUGGCUCCCUGGGUAGUUCAGCUUUGUGCUUGGGUCCUGUGGGGUGGAGGCUAAGCUGCCCAGGCCUCAGUCUUCUCCCUUGUUUUACCCACACACAGUCUGCUGUGGGGCCACACCCCAAGAUCAGGGGCCCUGGGGAUUACAAGUGAAUAAAGCACAUUUCCACUCAAUUUUAGCAACUGAGAGAGCACAAACUGUAGUGGCCUUGUCACAGCUGAAGUCAGGCCCCACAGGAAUGGGGAAGACAGGAUACUUGAGCACAAUCGAGAUUUAAUUCAGACUUUCGGGUUCCUGGGUUUUAGACUGGGUCUCAGCUAGGUGGUGUUAUCCAGAAUCUAGAGCUUAGAGCCAACCCAGUGGCCCGAACUUCCUGGGAAAAAAGAGUGACUCAGAGCAUCCCAGGGAUGUGUCAACCAUGGGAAUGCCAAAGGCCUAAGCACAUGAGUGACACCGAGAUCUAAGGCAAGCCUGUGUGCUAGCAUCUUCUGCUAAGACAUCAUCAGCUUAGAAGAUCCACACCCUUUCACACACUUCCUCAGACACGCACACAGUCUCGGUGCCUCCAGGUUUAAUCCUGUGGUUGAUCUUUUGACUGGAAGGAAAUAAACCAGACUAGCCAUUUGCA